GAUAAAAUCAACUGAUUCUAUUGGCGUGUCUCACCAUUUCGCGGGACUUCGGCAAAUGAGGUGAGAAGAAUUUCUUCAGAAGAAGGAAUAAAGGGGAUGUGACUGCAAAUACGGCGGAAUCACCAGCUGUAUUCCGCGCAACGUCCACAGGAAAAGAUCUUCAAGAACAACACAUGGCAAGCGCUUCGUUAAAAUUUUCAGGUAGUUGCAAGCUUCUUCUUAUUGGUGAAGCAGGAAUAAUUUUUCCGGAAUUUCAGGAUGCGACGGUUGUAAGCGGCUCUCCACAACUCAGAAAGUGACUAUCUUUGGCAAUCUUUUGUCGUACAAAUCUCGGAGAUCAUUGAUAAUGCGGAAUAUGAAUGAUGAAAGAUUGUUUAUCAGAUUGUUUUAUCUUUUCUUUCCCCAGUUCUUAAAAUCAAUCUUACGACCAUGAAUAAAGUGGAAGACCAAAUACUGAUCAACGAUAUCGACCCUUCAGGUUGUUCCAAACUCUUGAAACCUCGCAAAAUGACCCAGAACGUCGGUGCCACGGUUUGCUCCAAUUGUGGUACCACUACCACUCCAUUGUGGCGAAGAGCUCCUAAUGGCGACACUAUAUGCAACGCUUGUGGUCUUUAUCUGAAGGCCCGUAACAAUAUGCGUCCUAUUCGACUCAAGAAUUCUCAACGCAAACAUGGAGAACUUAUGACCAAGGAUGUCUUCCCUACUACCGGAGGCUGCGGUAGCGGUAACGGCACAGGCUCAUGUCCAGGAGGUGGUCAAUGCAACGGCAUGGGAGGCUCCUCAUCGUGCGCUGGUUGUCCUGCUUUUAAUCAGCACCAAGUCAACCGACAAUUGCUAGUGUGUGCUAAUUGUCAAGCCACCACGACUCCCUUGUGGCGACGAGAUGAAGCGGGUAACACCAUUUGCAAUGCUUGCGGUCUAUACUAUAAGCUUCACGGUACCCAUCGUCCAACCAGUAUGAAGCGAAGUGUUAUCAAGCGGCGAAAGCGGGUGAUUGUCUAUUGUCCUGAAAAUGAGAACGAAAAUACCGAACAACCUGUAACGACAGGAGUGACCGAGCUGUCGGACCCUAGCAAGCCGGUCAAGGUAAAGAAAGAAGCGGUUCCCACUGUCAUGCGGAAACGGCGCGCCAAGAAAGAUAUCAGAAAAGAAACAGACGUCACUACCCCUACCUCAACAGUCGUACCUCAACAUCGUGAUUCCCCAGAUAUACCGGCCAUUGAAGAUUAUAUUACCCCUGUGCGAAAACGAGAGCCUGAAGUUCAAAUACAGUAUCCAUCAGCAAAUACUGAGUACUACCCGGUCAACCGAUCACCAUCACUACCUCUGCAUUCAUCCCCGCUCACACAACCCCUCCCUCCGUCUAACUACCGUCUACCCCGAUUAUCUGGUUCUUCUCCAAAUUUGAAGUUCCAGGAAGAGAAGAAUAACUUCGUCCUUCCUCUCCCUGUGAUCCCGUCAUUGCCGAUCGCUUCAGACGAUAAUGCAAAUUCGGUAUCAUUGCCACCUAUCCUUCCCGAACGUCAAUCCCCUCGAUUGGAAUCCGCAUUUUCCCGUCGGUUAUCCUCUUCUUCCGCCUCCUCUUCCACAACAUCGUACUCAUUACCACCUAUUUCCUACUUUCCGACAUCGCUAUCCUCUCCUUUCUCUCAGACCUCUUCUUAUUUCAAUAUCACCGGAAACUCCAACGGUUCGCCAAACCACGAAUGGACCGAAUUUGACAGUGCUUUUGAGCGCUUGGGCAGGCUGAGGCGGCAGAUCAAGUCAGAACAUAUGACAGAAUUAUCGGCAGUGUCCCAUUUGCUGUCAGAUUUUGUCAACAAGGCCGAAUCCAUCGUUUUCCGUCAAAGAGGAAGUGCAUCCCCGAUAUAUAAUUCAACACCUCGCUUAUCAUAAAACCUUGUUCAUAUACGACAUUUAAUUUUUGUGACUGGCCAAGACAUAUUUUUUGCAUUACAUUUCGUCAUACAUUUUGCGCCAAGGAUCUCAAAAAUAAAAAUAAGACUAAUGUUUUAUCAUUUCA